AGGUGAUCCUGUUGGACCCUCCAUGAGCAAGGAGCAAGAGUCAGGGCAGCGGUGUGGGGGCUGUGGGUUGGGAGAGGGGGUUUGUUGGUUUCGUUUGUGCCGUUGGGAAGCUGUGAGAUGGCUGAGGGAGGGGCCCCCGUGAGCAAACCUACAGCUCGGCUGCUGCUGCCCUGAUGAGUUUCCACUUCUUGCUUUGGAGGAGAAGCCGAGGCUCUGAGGUACACGGAGAACCCACUGGAGAAGCCUCCAGCCCUCAGGGGUCUGACUGCAAACCCUGCUUACAGGAGUUCACUGACCCCAGCCCCCCAGGUUUGGAGUGUCCCAACCCCAGAAGCUUCCUCCCAUCCCUGAUUGCUGAGGAUGACACCUUCUGCACCAGCAUGGCUGAAGAAAAGGAGGACUCUUCUUCCACAGAGUUGGAUGUCCCAGCAGUGGACUUGCAGAGCAGCACUGAGGAUCUCCUCUCAGACCCUGCUCUCCAUGGCACGGAGUACUACAGAGAUCUGGAAUCCCUGAGCUCACCAGUUCCCAAAACAACACCAGAGGCAGCAAUGCAGCCCGAGCCAGCAGCCCAGCCCAUGUCUGCUGCUCAAUCCCUGGAGGAGAGAGCAGGGGCUCUGCCCAAAAUGUCCAUGGAUCUUGCUUUUUCCAACCCUGUUUCCUGCUCCAUGCCUUAUGACGAGGCUGCCCGCUGCUUUCUGAGCAGGGCUGGGGGCUGCUCCUGGGCAGCAGUCCCAGAAGGUGGGACCAGCACCUCGGAGUGCCCUGAAGGGGCAGGAGAAAAGGAGGAGGCCAAGGAGUCCUUCCCAACCCUGGUGAGAUCCAUGUCUACCUCUCGGAGGCACAGCUGGGGGAGCCCUCUGUCACCCGUGGACUGCAAACGCAGGUUCAGCCUGGAUGCCACUGAGAUGGGCAGCGACCCAGAGCAGGAGGAUGUGGAGAAGAGGAGCAAGUCCUGCCCGGAGCCUCCUGUGUCCUUUCAGCUGCCCAAAGGGGAACUGGAAAGCUGGAGGAGCAGAGGGGGUGGCCUGGUGAUCGAAGUGGAGAUUGAGCCAUUGUGCCCCCACCACAGGGUCAGCCCUGGCCUGGAGGAGGGGGCACGUGGCAGCAACGGGAAGAGACUGAGGUCCAAGUCUGUCCCAGCAGCCUGUGAGACAGUCGCCUCCCCUCAGGUUCCUUGCAGUUUCAACACUUCUCUUCCAGCUGGGGAAGGUGUUGAACCCCCUGCUCUGGAGAUGCUGGAGAAGGACCAUGUGUCCCCAGACCACGUGCUAAUUGUCCAGCAGGUACUUCAGGAGCUGAAACAAUACCAUGGGGCGAAGCAGAGAGCUCACACACAAGAAGGCAGUGAUUCUUCCCAGCAGAACCUCACCUGGUUUGAGUUCCUGUCUAAUGAAAAUGAGGAGAGUGGAAAGGUUGAUAAAGCAGAGAAAGGCACGAAGGUGAUGAGACGUCUGAGUUCCCUGCGGAGCCGAGUCACCGGGUCCUGGCAGAAGGAUAAGGGUAAGAACAAAGAGCAGCCAAAAGAGAGGGAGAAGGAAAAAGAGACAAAGGAGCCAAAAGAGAUCAACAGGCACCAGCUUGUGCCAGGGGUUUUCUCCAGCUGCACCAGCUGCUCACUGUGUGCCAAACCUCUUGUGAAUAAAAGUGCUCUGCAGUGCCUGAAUUGUGCAGUGAAUGUCCAUAAGAACUGCAAGAGUUUACUGGGUGAAUGCAGCAGCAUCAGACCCAAGCAGAAAGAUUUGCAGCACAGACCUUCUGGAUCUCCACAGAGUUCACCCCAGUGCAUUUCCCCAGCAGCUUCUCUGAAGGAGCAGCCCCGAAGUCUCCUCCUGGGACCUGAUGGCACCCCAGUACUCCCACGGAAUCUCGGAAUGACUAUCACCCAAAGAGGAAAUUCUCAGUCUCCAUUGAAUACUGCUGGAGCUGUUCAUAAAUUUGGACUGAUUUCACGAGACAUGGAUGAAGGAGAUUCAGGAUUUAUAAAAUUUAAGCAGACUUCAGAUGAUGUUGUCUCACUUGCAUCUACAACAGCAGACUCCACUUUUCUGGAAGAUGCAUAUUUCACAUCCCUCCGAAGUGAAAUAGAAACAGAUGCUCAUGAGUUUGAGGCAGAGUCUUGGAGUCUUGCAGUGGAGCAGUCUUAUGCAAAAAGACAAAAGAAAGAAGUUAUAAAAAGGCAAGAUGUCAUUUAUGAACUAAUGCAGACUGAAAUGCACCACGUCAGGACCCUGAAGAUAAUGCUGAAGGUUUACUCCAAAGCCAUGAGAGAAGAACUGCAGUUCCCAAAUGCAGUCAUCAACAAGCUCUUCCCCUGUGUGGAUGAGCUCCUGGAGAUGCAUGGGCAAUUCCUGCUCCAGUUAAAGGAGAGACGAAAGGAAUCUUUGGAAGAAGGCAGUGACCAAAAUUAUAUAAUCCAGAACAUUGGAGACCUCUUGAUAAAACAGUUUUCAGGUGAAAAUGGGGAGAGAAUGAAAGAAAAAUACGGUGUGUUCUGUUGUGGACACAAUGAAGCUGUUAGCCACUAUAAAGACCUUCUCCAAAGCAAUAAGAAGUUCCAAAACUUAAUAAAGAAAAUUGGCAACUGUUCCAUCGUGAGGAGGCUGGGUGUCCAGGAGUGCAUCCUUCUGGUGACACAGCGCAUCACCAAGUACCCGGUCUUGGUGGAUCGUAUUAUCCAGAAUACAGAAGCUGGAACCAGAGAUCAUGAAGAGUUGACCCAGGCCCUCAGUUUAAUUAAGGACACAAUCACUCAUGUAGAUGCUAUGGUCAAUGAGUGUGAGAAGGGGCAACGCCUUAAAGAGAUUAUGCACAAAAUGGAACUCAAAUCAUCUGGGAAAUGCAAGAAUGGGCUUUUCUUCCGGAAGGAUGACAUGGGACAGAGGAGACUUCUCCUGGAUGGGAUGCUGUACUGGAAAGCUGCAUCAGGGAGACUCAAAGAUAUUCUGGCAGUCCUGUUAACUGAUGUACUGUUACUCUUGCAAGAAAAGGACCAAAAAUAUACAUUUGCAUCAGUGGACUCUAAGCCACCAGUUAUCUCGUUGCAAAAGUUGAUUGUGAGAGAGGUUGCUAAUGAGGAAAAGGCAAUGUUCUUAAUCAGUGCUUCCUUAAAAGGACCAGAAAUGUAUGAAAUUCACACUGGCUCCAAAGAGGAGAGGAAUUCCUGGAUGGCACACAUCCGCAGAGCUGUGGAAAGCUGUCCUGAUGAAGAAGGAGGAACAUUUAAUGAACCUGAAACAGAGAGGAGGCUGGCUGAAGCAAGAGCUAAGUUAAAAGAUUUUCAAGAGCGUUUGAACAUGAAAGAUGAGCUGAUUCUUCAAAGUCUGACUGAGAAGCAGCAGAUUUAUCUGGAAAUGUCUGAGAUGAAUGGGUUUGAAGACCAUUCCCAAGGAUCCAGAUCUAGGCUGCUUCUUCGGGGAGAUAUCUCAGAAAAUGUGAAUGGAGAGGAGAUUUUGAAGUCUGCAGUGACAGAAGCUGAAAAUCUCCAGAACCUUCUCUUCACUCACUUGGGCAGUGGAUCCUAUCAGCCUGAAGAUGGUUCUGGGUCGGGACUCCCCAGGAGGGCAGAGACCUUUGGAGGAUAUGACAGCAGCCCCUCAGUGUCAAUGAAAAGUGGUGGUUUUAGGAAGAACAGCAGUGGUGACCAGAGACAGUGGGAAUGGAGAGGCUCUGCAGUGGGUCCAGAUGUUCAACCCCAUGACCUCCCUUCUGAUGCAGAAAAAGGACCUCAGACUAGUGAUCUAACAAGUCUGGAUGACAGCAGUGGUUUUCAGCCCACCAUAGAGUCUCAGCUUGUCCAAAGGAUACAAACUCUGUUACAGUUGCUCUUCAGUCUUCAGGCAGUGAUAUCCCAGCAGGACAGCUACAUUGAGAUGCAAAGAGCCACCAUGGCAGACCGGGAGAAGCAAUACCGGCUGCAAUCCACACGAGGCAACCUGCUGCUAGAGCAGGAGAAACAAAGGAACUUUGAAAAACAAAAAGAAGAACUGAUGAACGUCCAGAAACUUCAGAACCAGCUGAAGCUGGAGCAGCAGCGCCUGGAAAGGGAAAGGAUCCGGCAGCAGAAGGAAUUUGAAAGCACUGAAGCUCGGCUGCAGGAAUGGGAGGAGGAGACAAGGCAGCAGAGAGAGAAGUUGAGCCAGGACAAGGAGGAGUUGGAGAGGCAGAGGGAGGCCUAUCAGCACGACCUGGAGAGGCUGAGGGAAGCACAGAGAGCAGUGGAGAAGGAGAAGGAACGUCUGGAUCAGCUAAGGAAGCUGAAGAAGCAGAACACAGUGUCAGGCACUUUCUCCCCAGAAAUGGGACAGAGCCAGAUGUUAAGUCAUUCUGUGAGCUUCAAUGGAGAAGGGCUGGAACCAUCUCUCCCCAUCCUGAAAAGUUCUGGCAGAGUCAGUGUCUCUGGGAUGGAUUACCUGGAAAGAACAGACCUGGUUCGGAGGGACAGCACCAGCCUGGAGAAUCGUCCAGCCCUGGCCUUGAAGAAUGAAGUGCCAAUCCAUCUCCUGAGUGCAACAAACCAGAUCCAGAAACCAGCCUCAGUCCAGCAGCAGAUUCCCACCAAGCUGGCCACUUUCACAAAAGGAAGCAAGGAGAAAGGUGGGAAGAACAAAGCAUCUCAUAGGACAGACAGUUCAGCAUCUGUUGAUCAGAAGCAGCUAUUCCCCCCCAGGCUUGUUGGACGAGACGAGGGGCUCCUGAGGGGCAGAAGAUCAGCAAGCCCAGUCCUCCCAAGCAGCCAGACCCCUCCAUUCCAGCCAGAAUUGUACGGCCCCACAGAUGCUCAGCCAGAAGCACUUUCAUCUGCCUCAGCGAACCCUUUCAAGCCCAAUAACGUUCACGUUCAGCCCCUGGUCACCUCUCAGCCAAGUCUGUUAAAUGUGCAAGAUGAUACCAGCAAAGAAGAUGUGAUAUUCUUCUAAUUAUUUCCAUUUAAAGAAAUUAAUCAGCUGACACACUGUUUGAAGAACUCAGGCCUCAGUGCUCGACCUGGCAGAGACAGGAAGUGGAUGUCUUUUCAUCCCUGUCCCGUUCCUACUACCAAGGACCAGACCAGGAUUCCUGCUCAGCUUUGUUGGCUUCUCUGCCAAAUUAAACAGAUUAACAACAAAUGGAAAAUUUGCUCUGAAGUUCUCCAAAGAUGGGAAAUAAAUUUGGAGCAUAUUAAAAUGCUGCCACUUAUUGUAAUUUGUUCUUUUUGGAGAAUGUACCCUCCUUGUGGGCACCGUCUUGGAAAUGGUUAUAGCUGAUGUUGAACUGCCCAGAUUUUUAUGUUAAAAGGUUUUAGUAGUAUGUAAGCCCCAAAAUGGCUGCAAAUUUUUCAAUCUGUUUUCACAGGUGCAUGGUCAGUAAUGGAAUAUGCUAAUGAUAUGUUGAUAAUUAGUUGAUUAGCAAGCCAGUCUCCUUCCAGCCAGGCGUGACAGUCGGUGCGGUGCCCACUCACAGGAGCCAAAUAAUUAUCUCUGUUCCUUUGGUGAAUUCAGUGGAGCUCGUGCUCCAUGGCCAGGCACAGUGGAAGAGAGAAGGCAAACUUCUUAAGAGUCUUCAGAAGUCAGGAGCUCCACCUGCUCGUGGGUGAGAAGGGUUGGACAUGUGAAAAUCCACAACGGUAACGAAGAGUUGGAAUGAACGUUUCAUGGGUUAUCAGCUUGUGUUGGAUCCCUGUCUCCUGGGAGGCAUUGGGUGGCUCUCCAUGUUGGGGAAGAUCCCAAGCAAAACUCAUGAGCUGGUUCAGAAUGAACUGAGACUUGGAUUUUGUUCUUUGCUGAAGACAAAUGUGAGAAGUGUUUGGAUGCAGUUAUUUAUUGUCUUGUGUAACCUUAAGUUUUCUGCAUCUUUUGUUUGUCUCUUAACUUGUUGGGACUUAACUCUGAGUACCAGAAGAUAUCAAAGCUGCUGUUACUGCAGAGAUUUCUCUGCAGCACUGUUAGGAAUGAAGGGAAUUAGAAAUGUUUGGGUUUAAAAAAUAUAAAAAAUAAAAGUAGACUUAGCUAAAGCUAUGUUGGUUCAGCUGCUUUACAGCUAAACCAGCUUUGAUACCUCUUGUUAAAUGGGUCAGUUCUUAAUCAUGGAAUGGUGAUGACAUUAAUGUUCUGCUCAAAAGGCAUUAUUUCCCUUUGUAGUAAUUUGCACAGACAUUUUAUUCUUUUCUAUAAUUUUUAUCUCAGUUUCUUACUCCAUACAUUGCUUAGGGAUGUCUAUCCCAAUCUGUGUUGAAUGUGACCAGCCAGCUACUGUUUAGAAGGUGUUAUUACAGAAUUAAAGAAAGCAGUAUCUGAGAGCUUGAAAACUUGGGCAAAUACCUCUUAGAACAUGAUUGAUAAUGUUGGGUUUUAUAUCUGUAACUCUGCUUUCAAGUGAUUUUUAGCACCAGGGGCUGGAAUGCCUGCUCAGUUCUCCAUGUAGUCACCUGGUGAUGGCAUCAAAUGGCAAUUUGUCAGUCUGCUCACAUUCAUGCUGCCUUCAUAAGUUCCCCUUGCUUGAUGAAAGUGUUAAAAUGAUUUCAGUACUUAAAAUGCAAGAAACAUUAUAGAUUUGCAGCAGCAAAUACAGACUUUGAUUUUCCAGGGGUUUUGAGUUUUCAUCUUCAGACAAGAAAUGGAAAAAUCCAAAUGCACUGCUCAGAUACAGAUAAGCUACAGAAUCCUGAUUCAGUCAUAGGGACCAAGCACCCCUGGCUGGAAAUCUUUGUGGAUUGAAGGGUCUUUUUCUUUGUGAAGUGAUUCUGGUAAAAAACUGAAGCAGUGGCACCAAGCUCAAGGAGAGAGAACCCCAAACCAUCGUGCUUGUUACCAGACUGGUGACACUCCCCAGCCCCCUGACAAGUGAUUGCUAUAAAAUUGGACACAUUUCACUCUGAUAUCAAAGGACUGCUUGGUAAAUCAUCAGAAUUUACCCAAAUUGGAUUUGCAGCAAUUUUUGUGGUAACAAUGUUGAUGGUUAGAACCCAGUUCUACCCUCUAUUAAUGUUUUGCAUUCCAAAAGCUAGCUUGGAAUGUGGGGGAAUUCUUCAAGUCAAUGCAACUUCUGAUCAAUCCAGCAGCCCUGUAGGGCUGAUAUUACAGUUGGCUGAGGUGGAGGCUCCAAUCAUUGCUAAUCCACAUGUAAUUUCUCUGUAAACAGCCAGUGAAGCAGGAAGAAUGCACAGUAUGUUCUCUCCUUCAUGCUGUGGUUUGGGCCACUCCUAGGGAAAACUCUGUGGCCUCAGUGCCCUAAAUUACCAGGUUUUUAGAAGUUUUAGCUUAAAGCUAAGUUGCAUCAGUAGAAUUAACCACCUCAGCCCAAGAUGGAUGUCUCUGGGUAUUUUAAAAGGAUUUUUGGCAAACAUUUAAUUUGGUGCCUGUCCUAAAGCAUGGGAGAGAGUGUUCUAGGGUCUGAGGGAUUUUAUUUGGCUGCUUUCUUCUUCUGUGCAAUGAAUGAACUCAGAAUAGUGACAGACAGAAAAUCAGGUCUGCAGUGAGGUCUCAUUUCUAUUAAUGUUUUAACUGUUUUAGUACUUGUCAGCAGUGCUUCAAGUAAGUUCUGACUGUUAGCAAAUGGACCCAGGACUGUUAUGGGCCAGGCUAUUAGUUCAGCACCCCAAAAGCUCCUUGGAGUGUGGGUCUUCAAUCUGUGACUUUAGAAAUUACCUUUAAAAUCAUUCUUUGUACUCAAUUCCCAUGUCUAGCUCCAGCUUUCUGUUUUCUCCCUGAACAGGGAUUGCAUUUCCUUUCACGUGGCUCAGAACUUUCUGUUUGGGGAUUCAGGUGGCCUGAGGGAAGGAAGUGAUAGAUUUUCUUUAGAGGAAUUAUGGUUUAUCUCUUCAAUUCUGCAAAUCUGAAGCUGUGAAAUUGUUACCAGAUCACUCCAGUUGAGUGAGCUCGUUUUGGACUCCUGACUCCAAUCUUGUACCUUUACUCUGCUUGGCAAAUUAGACUGCAAAGUGUUGCUGUGUCCUGGGCUGUUGAUUCUGGAGAAUGGCCUUUCCACUUGACUUUUUGAUUGCUUCAGAUAAAUUUCCUUUUAAGUGAUACUUGAGGAUUAUAUAGUUCAAAAUUCUGUGCCUCCCAGGGGCCUUUUGGCUUCUUUCAGAGCUGGGGUGAGGAGGAAAUUAUAGCUUUCAACUGCCUCCUUCUUUGCUUUGUGUCACAGCCUUAAAAUUAUUGUCAUGUUUGUCUUUAAUAUUGUGAUAUUGUCUUUAAUAUUGUGAUUCUCAGGCAGAAUUUGCAUCUGUUAGAAGUUUGGUGCUGCUGCAGCAGCCCUGGGUGUUCAAAGGAGUGUGGGUGUUUGUGUUCUGCUUCAGUUCUUCCCUGCUGCUCCUAUGGUUCUGAUUUCCAAUUUUAAUGGUGUAAAGGAUGCUUCCUCUUUCCUGCUCAUUUUGUAUUUCAGCCUGAAGAUCCCUUUAUGUCCACUAGCACUGAGCCCACCUCUCCUCUGUGUCUUGUCAAUGCUUUCCUAGUUUUUCAGUGUGCUCUCUGUGGCUUGGCAUUGUGGCAUGGCCCUGCAGUGAGAUCCCUGAUCAUUUCCCAGUGUGAGGCAGAAGAACUGGUAUUUUACAGAUGCUUGCUCAAGGUAAUAGCAUUUCCUGCAAAGGUAGGAGCAAUUCUAAAUAAUUUUCAGACACUUUUUGUCUUUCAGAUGAUUCUGCAUACGUGGAGCUUAGUGUGUGUUUGCCCUUUGCAUUUACAAUGGAAGUUCAAAAUUAAACUAGGAAGGGAUUCCAAGUAUGUAUUUGGUUUCACUUCUACUUUUAACUCUGCAGAAUAGGAGCUGCUGAGGCUCCCUGGUGCUGCUCAGUGGAGUCCCUGUGUUUUGUGCCCCUGUGCAAGGGAAUUUGGAGCAUUUUGUUGUCUUCCCCAGCAGUUCUUACAUUUAUAUGAGAAAAAAGAAAACCCAACCUUGUUGAGGCCAGGUUAGACAUGUGCUAUCCUUGCCUGACCUCUUGCUGAAUAGGUAAAAGAAAAGCCUUUUCCCCUGCUUUCUUUCAAGGCCAGACCCAACAUCUUUGUAACCACUGGCUGUUCUUUCUCAUUUUCCAGCAGCAUUUUACUCAUCCAACCCCAUGUUGUGCAAGCUCUGGUUCAUACCAUUUGUGCCAUGUUUAUAAAUCAGUUUUUUAUAUUUUUGUACUGAAAGGAAUUGGAGCACUUUAGACAAGUUGAUUUCAAGUUCCAUUUCUGUUUGUACCUGGCAGGAAACCUCUCAUGAAAGUAGAUCCUGUUGGCAUAACUCUGUGCAUCUCACUCAGAACUGUGAACUCUCUUGAUGCUCUUUAGUCUUAGGUCUGGUUUCUAGGCCCACCUUGCACUGUAAAGAUUUAAUAAAAAAAGACAAAACAAAACAAAAAAACCAUGGUCUGUGGUUAAAUCCACCAUUUGUUGGGGAAGAGUUUGGUUUUGUUUUUUGUUAGGCUGUAAACUUUGUAAAUAAUUCAAUUACUGUUGAUACUGCUGGAGCAACAUCUUUGUAGUCCUUAUUUUAUUUGUAAAGUUGAUGGUUAAAUGUUAAUAUUCUGUUGACUUGUGCACUCUUGAUUAAUUGUAAACUUGAUCUUAGCACACCAAAUGAUGAUUUUUACCAUGAUUGCGGUGGUUUUCCACUGAAGGAUUUUCAGAGCUGCAAUAGGACUGAAACCAACUUCUAGCAAUAAAAAAGAAAGUAUUCAAAA